AAGAACACAUUCAGCAUGUACGGCUGGUGCUGGAGAUGCUGAAGCGCAUUAACGUGCGGCUGCACCCGGACAAGACCGUCUUCGCAGCGGAUUCGGUGGAGUUCCUUGGCCACAUGGCAGAGGAGGCGCGCCAAGGCCGCUGAGGCGCUCCAGGGGCGCGUCUUGAGGAGGUCAGUCAAGGAUCCGAAGACGCUCUGCCUGAGGGAGGAGAUAGGCGUGAUCAACGGGGAGGAGGUCCAGGAGGACUACGCUGGAGUGAUGGUGGAGUACGGGGGAGGAGCUUUUGAGCGAAUGAACGUCAGCGUGGCGCAGCAGCUGCUUCUGGACGAGGAGUCAGCCUGGGGCGCAGCCCGCACCCUCCGUACUGUGGCAACUACCCGUGCUGCACGGCUCCCGGAUAACUGGGACUUAACUUCGCGUGAGGGGCUGAGUGCGGCGAUGGGGGAGCUCAUGCCGGGGGCUUACAGUGAUCGCCACCUGGGCAGGUUGGUUAACCGUGUGCCAGGGGGCAAGCAGUUUCAGUAUGAGUGUGUACCCACGGGGAUUGAGGAGGUGAGGCCUUUGCUGGAGAGCAUUCGUUUUGAUGAGUGUGCGGGCAUCUUCGACCCGUGGUGUGGAACAGGUGGGGUCGCCAGGGCGUUUCGCGAGGCGGGACACUCGGUCUUUGGCAAUGACGCCAACCCUGCUUGCGUUGCUCACAUGCACCGUGACGCGUUGCAGCCUGGCACGUACCGUGAGGCUAUGAAGGUCUAUUCCUACGAGGCCAUUGUUGCGUCUCCUUGGUUUGCGGUGCUUGAUGUUGCACUGCCGUUGGCUACCCGUUUUGCACCUGUCGUUGCGUUUCACGUGCCGGGGCACUACGUGACGGAUGCUACGGCGGCUCGGACCAAGUACCUGGCGAAGCUGCAGGAGGAAGGACGGCUUGCGUUGUUGCUGGGACUGCCAAGAGGGCCGAUGGGGAGGCGGUGUGUGUGGGUUUGCGUGUUUGCCACUCGCGAGUGGCGGGAGAGGAUGUUGAAACCGGUUGUAGGACGAAAUGAGGUCUGGUUGCUGAAGUGAAGUAGGCGCGUGUUGAAGGGGAUGCAGAGGUUGCUGUGCUACUUUGCUGUCAGUUCUGGUGCGCUGUGUUUGUGUGUUGCUUGUGGCCGCUGUAGACAGCUUCCGACCUCCGGGUUCUCAGCUGGGGGGGGAGUUGUACUGUCGGGCCUCCGUCGCAACAGCACGUGAUACGUCAUGACAGCUGUCAUGACACAGCGCGUGUUUGUCAUAUCGUGUGGCUUAGAGUUGCCGUACGUGCUCGUCCAACCGUGUCUCGCGUAUGCGAUUUGUGGUCUAUCUAGAGGAUGUGAUGAUAGUGCCAUUGCUUGAGUAAACGCUGGAAGUUGCGUGACUAGUGUGAGCGCUUGGCCAUGGACAUGAUGUCAUGCUUGCUGUGCGACUUGUCAUUAGAAGAGACGCUAUUUACCGCGAUGUUUACAUCUUGCUAUUGUCUGUUGAUUUGUCUAUGAUAUCCUGACUACAGGGAAGGUGGGAUAUUUACGUGAGCUUUGCCGUACCGUAUCGGCAUGCUGGCAAGGGUGCGGAGACUCUCGGUGGAGUCACCUUUGCCAGCGCAGCUAGCGGAG